GCGGGCAUGGCCGCGGCAUGAGCGCGGAGCCGCCGCCGGAGCCAGAGGACAAGGCGGCGUCGGAGCCCGCGGCGGCAGCCAUGCCAGAGAAGCGCCCGGGCGGGCAGGCCGCCGGCUGCAUCCCGCUACAAGGCUUUGGCAGACCAAGUGUGUAUCAUGCUGCUAUUGUCAUCUUCCUAGAAUUCUUUGCGUGGGGCUUGUUGACAACUCCAAUGUUAACUGUUCUACAUGAAACAUUCCCUCAACACACAUUCCUCAUGAAUGGUCUCAUUCAAGGUGUAAAGGGCCUGCUGUCUUUUCUGAGUGCCCCCCUCAUAGGCGCUCUGUCUGAUGUGUGGGGGAGGAAACCCUUUCUCCUUGGCACUGUGUUCUUCACCUGCUUCCCAAUUCCACUGAUGAGGAUCAGCCCUUGGUGGUACUUUGCGAUGAUUUCUGUGUCUGGAGUCUUCUCGGUCACGUUCUCUGUGAUAUUUGCCUAUGUAGCUGAUGUCACUCAAGAACACGAGCGAAGUACUGCUUAUGGAUGGGUCUCGGCCACCUUUGCAGCCAGUCUGGUCAGCAGCCCAGCCAUUGGAGCAUACCUUUCAGCCAGUUACGGAGACCGCCUCGUUGUGCUGGUGGCCACAGUGGUGGCUCUUCUGGACAUCUGCUUCAUCUUACUGGCUGUUCCAGAAUCUCUGCCAGAGAAAAUGAGACCACUUUCCUGGGGAGCUAAGAUUUCUUGGAAACAAGCAGACCCUUUUGCGUCACUGAAGAAAGUUGGAAAAGAUUCUACCGUCUUAUUAAUUUGCAUCACUGUGUUUCUUUCAUAUCUUCCUGAAGCUGGACAGUAUUCAAGUUUUUUUCUCUAUCUCAGACAGGUCAUAGGUUUUGGAUCUGUUAAGAUUGCGGCAUUCAUAGCUAUGGUAGGAAUUCUUUCUAUUGUGGCUCAGACAGUCUUUCUUACCAUCCUGAUGAGAUCAUUAGGGAAUAAGAAUACUGUCCUCCUAGGGUUGGGCUUCCAGAUGUUCCAGUUAGCCUGGUAUGGUUUCGGAUCUCAGGCCUGGAUGAUGUGGGCAGCAGGGACGGUGGCCGCCAUGUCCAGCAUCACAUUUCCAGCAGUCAGCGCCCUCGUCUCUCGGAACGCAGAGUCAGAUCAGCAAGGAGUCGCCCAGGGGAUCAUAACUGGAAUAAGAGGGCUGUGUAAUGGCCUGGGGCCAGCACUGUAUGGCUUCAUAUUCUACAUGUUCCAUGUGGAACUGACUGAGUUGGAACCAGAACUGAAUUCUGACAAUGCUGCCCUGCAGGGAGCUGUCAUCCCAGGCCCACCGUUUUUAUUUGGGGCAUGUAUAGUUCUCAUGUCUUUCCUGGUUGCCUUAUUCAUCCCUGAAUACCAUAAAGGCAGUGGACUUCAAAAACAUAGCAACAGCAUCAGCGGCAGCCUGACCAACACCCCAGAGCGGGCCAGUGAUGAGGACAUUGAGCCACUGUUGCAAGACAGCAGCAUCUGGGAGCUCUCUUCCUUCGAGGAGUCUGGGAAUCAGUGCACUGAGCUGUGAACUUGGCAGAAAGCGGGAUUCUGCAGAUGCCUUCUCUGAGAGCCGUGGGAGCCACACCACACGGAGACUCCAUGGUGCUGGAAGGGAGAUGCUAGUGGCACCCUUCAGGGCCGGGUUUGAGAAGUAACCCUCUCCAUCCCUCCACUGCCCCCCCGCCCCGCUCCUGUUCCUUUCCUUCUUUUUGUGGUAUAUUAGAACAAUAUUCAAAGUAGUUUCCUGCAAAUUUUGCAACUCUCAAAGUCAUCUGGAGUCCAAACUUUGAAACUCAAAUAGAAAGAUUUCUUACCUCUGGUAGGAUGGCUUUCCUUGAAUAACUCUGGAGGAAGAGUGAUAGCAGUUUUUCCAUCUCCUUUUCAGUGGAAGGUGCAGGGUGGGAGUGGACUGCCAUCUCUGGCAAGAUCCGAGGUAAAAAGUCCCUGCUUAUUUUCUUCCUUCCUGUUUCUCUGAUCUGUGCCCGCUUAGCCCACGGGUGUUCAUGAGCGGCCGCUCCAAGAGUCACUCAGUAUCAGGGAUCUAUUGCCUUUGUUCAAAGGUCAACAGAAACCCAAAUCUUACUCUCCUUUCCUUGUCUCUACUUCCUGUCCUUGGCUAGAAUGAAGUUCAGCACAUACACCUCUGGACAUUAAUAAUGAUCAGUGAUAACCUAUAUUAGAUAAAAGGAAAAUUUUCUUAAAAAUUUAAAUUAUGAAGAACUAGCAACUCAGAUCGCUGGCCCUGGUGUUUUGGUCAGAUUCCAGGUAAUUUUACAGAAGAAAAACGCACAUCAAGUGUUCUGGUGGCAACAGAGAAUUUGAAGGGAGCUUCUAAGAAAGUUUUCAAUAAUACAAAUAUUCCUAAGUGAGGAUGAGAAUUAAUUAGUGACCGGAUACCAGUGGAGUUUAUAUCCAAGUUCAGACUCCUAGAACACAUUAUUACCAUCUGCUCCUUGCUGCAUCUUCUGUCUUCUCGAUUUUUCUCGUUCAUCUCACUCCUGCCUUAACUGCUCUAUUGUAUGCAUCGGUUUUCAGUCGGGUCUUUAUUUCCAUCUGUUUAUCUGACUUUUGAAUUUCAUGGGAAUAUGCACAUCAGAUUCUUUUCUAAAAUGUGGUUUAGGAAGCUCAGUUUCACAAUAAGUGUCUUGCUAAUUUUUCGAGAUGUUCUAUGGACAGAAAACUUUACAGAUUUAUAUGUAUUUUCCUGCACCAGUAAAUCGACCAUUAACUAGGCCCCACCCACCUUGAACAGAGCACUCCUCUGAAAGUUUUAUAGGUAUGAAAUAUAUGUAGAUAUUUGUAAGGAGUUUUAAAUUUUUUUUGAUGGGGUGCUGUGUAAAUCUUGUAUUUAUAAAUGUAAUGAAGGUGUUGAAAGAAAAAUAUAUAUACAACUUUUAUAAAAGGAUUGUGUACUGACUGAACACAUUUAAAAGAAAAUAUAUUUUGAAACCUGUUCUGCUGUGAACAGAGAUAACAUAUCUUUUUACUAUGCUGUUGGUUUUUAAGUUAAGCUUCCUAAUGCAUAAUAAAUUUGCAAUGGAUACCUUUAUGUCUUGUGUUUCUUUAAAGCAAAUAGUACCAUUGAUCUUUGGGUUCUCUUUUGGGUGGGUAUCAACUAAAUUCUUAAUCCUUAAUUAAGCUAAUGCAAAAAAGAGGUAUAUUUUCAAAAAAAUUUGAUUUUUAACAAACUCCCUUCAAAAACCUAUCAUAGCUUUUUCAUCUAAAAUAAAAAAACAGAGACACAAACAUAUUUGUACACCCAUUUACUGGCAUUCUUCAUAAUAGCCAAAAGGUGGAAGCAACCCGAGUGUUUGCUGUUGACUGAAUGGAUAAAGGAAAUAUGGCAUUUACAUACAAGGAAAUCCUCAACCUAGGGAAGGAAGGAAAUUCUAACUCACACCACAACAUGGAUGAACUUUCAAGACAUGAUAAGUGAAGUAAGCCAGUCACAAAAGGACAUACACAGUGUGGUUCCACUUUAGUCAAAUUCAGACAGAAAGUAGAAUAGCGGAUGCCAGAACUAGGAAAGGGUAAGGGGGAAUUACUGUUUAAUGGGUAGAGUUUCAGCUUUGCAAAUGGACAUGGUGAGGAUGAUUGCAUAAAAGUGUGAAUGUACUCAGUGCCACUGAACUAAAAAUGGUCAACUGUAGGUUAUGUGUAUAUUUUGCCACAAUUUUUAAAAAAUGCUCUCGUGACAUCUUUACUAUUGCUUACCAAAAUUGCAGUUUCUUUACCCAGUAUAACGAAUGUCAAAACUGGGAUAAAAUCUACCAUUUUAACCAUUUACAAUUUAGUGGUUUUUAAUUUAUUCACAAGGUUGCACAGCUGUUAGGACUAUCUCCAGAACAUUUCCAUCAUAGGCUGA